UGAAUAUUCAAAGAUGUUUCACUGUUAGUUAUAUUCUUCUGGGAUACAUAUCUCAAUUGUUUGUGUGGGCUCUACAAUGUCCUUACCCAGCCAUACCUCAAUACUCCAAAGUCACCCUGUCUCAGGAAGCUAGGUUGCCUGGAGCUUCUGCCACUUACAGCUGUGAUGAAGGCUAUGAAUUAUUUGGUGAACCUAGUCGUGUUUGUAUGCCAGAUGGAUCCUGGAAUGGAAAUCUCCCAUACUGUGCCGUAAAUGUAGCUUACGGAAAGCCUGCUAAUCAGUCUAGUACUACAAGAGGUGGAAAUGCCCAAAAUGCUAAUGAUGGAGACACAACAACACUUCAUGAAAAUAAAUUUUGCUCGGAAACAAGGAAAGACAACUCGCCCUGGUGGCAAGUGGAUUUAUUACAAGAAUAUGAAAUAAGAGUUGUGAGAAUAUUUACUAGAGGUUGUUGUGGCCAACAGCCUUUACAUGACCUGGAGAUCAGGAUUGGAAAUAGUUCCACUGUACAGGGUAAUCGUUUGUGUGCCUGGUAUCCAAGAAAUAUAGAUGAUGGUACAACGAAAGAUUUUGAGUGUGCAUACCCCAUCAUUGGUCGAUAUGUUUACAUACAAAUGGUGGGCAUUGAAGGUUCACUUUCACUUUGUGAAGUUUUAGUUUUCACUACACAAGAACUCUCUCCAGAGCGAUGUGCCAAUCAGUUAGAGCCUUUGAAGUUGACCACAUUCAACCAGACGUGUUAUGAAUUUCAGGGUGAGAAGGGAGGUACUUUCAAAGAUGCUGACAAUUAUUGCCGGGAACGUGGAGGAUUGAUUGCCCAUUCCAUGAAUAAUAUAACUCAUCAUUUUUUGUCAUCUGAACUGGAGAGGGUGAAAAGUAAUUUAAAGUCCAAAUUAGUAUGGCUUGGAGCUCAGCGUGAAUCUGAUGUAGUGUCUCAGCAAUGGAAUUGGGUCAACAAUCAGACAGUUAUAAGUUUUCUAUGGGCUCCUGAUCAACCCAACAAUUACAAUAACAAACAAAACUGUGUAGUGCUGGAUGGUGGGAGGAAAUGGCUUUGGAAUGAUGUAACCUGUGACCUGGAUUUUUUACCAUGGAUCUGCCAAUAUGGUCCAUCAAACUGUGGUACUCCUGAUAGAAAGGAGAAUGCUACAAUUCUGGAGGAGAAUUUCAGGGUAGGCCAGAAAGUCACUUAUGUAUGUCCAAAUGGAAACAUGCUUGUUGGCAACAAAACAAGGACAUGUGCUCCAGAUGGAUUCUGGACAGGGUCAGCACCAUCAUGUAAAUAUGUGGACUGUGGCAGUUUAUCAAAUAUUGAAAAUGGAAAAGUUGAAUAUCUAGAAGCUAGAACAAAUUUCAAUGCUACUGCACAUUAUGUUUGUGAUCAAAACUACACGCUAGUUGGGGAAAAAGUUCGAACAUGCUCCGGAGAUGGCAGCUGGGACGGAAAAGAAGCAAAAUGUCUAUUUAACCAGUGUCCAGAACUAGAAGCACCACCUAAUGGUUUUUUGGAGGUCACAGGUCAGACAGCUGGAAGCCAAGCCAAAUAUAGCUGUGAGAAAAGCUACAAACUUGUUGGGAAUGAGGUUAGAAAUUGUGAACUUGGUGGCAAGUGGACUGACAGUGCUCCUCAGUGUAAAUUUAUCGACUGUGGAAAACCUGAAUCAGUAGCCCAUGGGGACUUCGACCUCGUAAACAAAACUACCACCUACUUGAGCAAAAUUAAAUAUUCGUGCCACAUGAACUUCAGUCUUGUUGGAGAUAAAGAGAGAACGUGUCUUGACACAAAAUUGUGGAGUGGACAAAAUCCAGUGUGCAAACUAAUUGACUGUGGAGAACCAGACAUUAACCCUGGAUCGUAUGUCGAGGGAGAUGGACUCACUGUCCACUCUGUCAUUGAAUAUUUCUGUGAACCUGGACAUCUGAUGAUUAGUAAAAAUUCUCAAAGAAUUUGUGGAUUGGAUGGAAAAUGGUCAGGUGAAGCUGUUAUGUGCAGAUUUAUUGACUGUGGUCGAGUGCCACCUAUACCUCGGGGAGCUGUCCAUAAUGCCAAUGAAACUACUUACCUUCAGAGUGUAAUCUCCUAUGCAUGUAGUUUUGGGUAUCGUCUAGUUGGGAAUACAGUGCGUAUUUGUCUGGAAGAUGGUCGUUGGAGUGGAAAUGCCCCCAUCUGUGAAGAAAUUCGUUGUCCAAUCCCCGAAGUGCCACAGAAUGCUUCAGUUGUAUAUAGCGGCAAUGAUCGUUCUUCAGCUGUCUCAUUCAAGGUUGGGUCUAAUGCUCAGUAUCGCUGUCAUGAAGGCCAUGUCUUAACGGGAGUGCCAUUACGAAGGUGUCUCCAAACAGGAGUAUGGAGUGGAGAGGUUCCCUUUUGUAAAUAUGUGGACUGUGGUUUUCCACUACCAGUACCUCAUGGUCACUGGCUUCUCCCAGACAAUGCAACCUUCUACACUUCGUCAGUAGAAUACAUGUGUGAUGAAAACUACAAAAUUAUUGGACCUAAUCAUAGGCGGUGCUUGGAUGAUGGAAUAUGGAGUGAACGAGAACCCAAAUGUAUAGAGAUAUCAUGUGGAUCACCUGAUAUACUGGACAGUAUGACUUUGAUUAAAGGUGACAUUUUCACUGUUGGGAGGAUGGUUGUCUAUUCUUGUAUUGAAGGCUAUACAUUGGUAGGCUCAAGUGUACGUUCCUGUCUCAAUAGUGGUCAGUGGUCAGAGCAGACACCUUUCUGUCAGUUGGUUGAUUGUGGGCAUCCUACGAUAGUGACCAAUGGUGAUGGUUUUCUAAUGAAUGGGACAACUACAUUUGAAUCAGUGGUUGAGUACAAAUGUUCACCAGAGUAUAGGAUGGUUGGAGACCCUUUGAGACACUGUUUGGCCUCUGGUAGCUGGAGUGGUCAAGAACCUAGGUGUAUUUUGGUUGACUGUGGGCAACCUGCUGUAAUUAUCAAUGGUCAAGGCUACCUGAUAAAUGGAACAACAAUAUUUCAAUCAAUGGUUAAGUACACAUGUUCACCAGGGUAUAGGAUAGUUGGAAACUCUAUUAGACAAUGUUUGUCUUCUGGUAACUGGAGUGGAGAAGAACCUAUGUGUAUUGUUGUUGACUGUGGGCAGCUAGCUGUAAUUACUAAUGGUCUUCGUUACCUGAUGAAUGGAACAACAAUAUUUCAAGCAAUGGUCGAGUACACAUGUUUAACAGGAUAUAGGAUAGUUGGAGACCCUAUUAGACAAUGCUUAUCUUCUGGUAACUGGAGUGGAGAAGAGCCUAUGUGUAUUUUGAUUGAUUGUGGGCAACCUGCUGUAAUUACCAAUGGUCAAAGUUACCUGAUGAAUGAAACAACAAUAUUUCAAGCAAUGGUUCAGUACACAUGUUUACCAGAAUUCAUGAUAGUUGGAGACCCUGUUAGACAAUGUUUGUCUUCUGGUAACUGGAGUGGCGAAGAACCUAUGUGUAUCGUUUCAGAUAGCCAGACAUCUGACUCUGAUACAAGCAGAUCAAAAACUAUAGGAAUUGGUGCAGCUGUUGGCAUUGGUGUUGUCUUGGUGCUGAUUAUAAUUGUUGUCUGCAUAAAAAUGAAAAAGGGGAGGCUAACUAAAAACUCAGGAAAUGUGCCAGUUCAUAGAACACAGGGAAAACAAGCUUCUGUCUUGUCCUACUCCAACUUCAGUAUGGAAGCAGAUGGUCGAGGAGACCCAGAUAAUUUGAAUGAAAGUGGAGAUAUUCGUCACAAUCCCAAUGGAUUAGUAACAUUUAGUGCAAACCCACAACCUAUUUAUGCUAAUGUUACAGUUAAUGGACAGAGGUUAGUUUCACCUGCGAGUAUAAAUGGACAAGAAAAUAAAGUAGCUUGUGAUAAUACAAGUAAUAUUUAAAGUGGACAAUAAAGCAAGCCUAAAACUAGAUGAAAUCAUCUAUUAGGGUAACAGUUGAUGUGUUAUACAACCUUCUGAUGGAAAAGAAAAUCAAGUAAAAGACAACUCCAUCAGAAUCACAGACAAGAUUUCCAAAAAACCUUAACAUUCACAUAUUUUUUUUAUUAUACUACACAUUAGAGCUUGGAAACUGUUCCACUGUUUAGUGAAUGAUAAUUAUAGUGAAUACAACUGUACUUAUAAACUUGUAACAAGUGAUUUGUCUUCUAUGCUGACCAAUUGAAUUUUUAUAAUGAAACCACUUUGUAUUAUACCAGACAUUUUUGUUGUAAAUAAUGAGUAAACAUUUUUGAUUCUAAUAUGCAUAGUUCAUACUUGACAAAAUUAACUCUCUCAAUUUUGGAGCAUUUUUUUCUGAUGAAAUAGUUGUGGUGGUAGUCCUUGUAAUUCUAAGGUGUUGUUGUUGUAUGGCUUAUUGGUGAGAAGUAUUUAAUUUAGUCCUUAAGUGGAAUGAAAGAAUGUUCAAGAGAUUAAUUUGUAGUUACUGUGGGCCAAAUGGCCUUUUGUUGCUUUUUAAUUUUUUUGGUUAACAGUAGAAACCUACUAUUUCAAUAGUACACACAUUUUUAUAGGUAUGGCUAAUCAAAAUACUUACUUGCAAAAUGAAUUUUCAUAAAUUUUGUCUUGAUCUUAUCAUUUUGUCAAUAUUGAUUCUUUUGUCUUUUUAUAAAAUCUAGUUUAAAAUGUCUUAACCAGGUAAUGUUUAAAAAAGUUAGAAGAAUGUUAUAGGGUGGUUAUAAUUUUUAUUUUUCAGUAACUCUAACAAAUUCAAGCAGUUUUGUAAUCUGUAUUUCACAACUUAAUGAGCUUAUGAAGGUAAAAUUUAUUGCAAAGAUACUUGUUCAUGAAAGAAUAUGUGAAGUUCUAUAUUUUGUAUUUUAGUCUUUAUUUUUAGUUCCUAUAAACUUGAAGACCAUUUACUUCAUCAAAAAUUAGCUGAGGAUAGUAUAAAGAAUUGUUUUUACCACAUUUUAUAAAAGAAUUAAAAGUUAUUGAAACAAACAAGCUAUGAAGUUUUUGUUUUUAUCUUCUCUUUUUUUUUUCACAGAAUAUUAUGUAGAAAAAGUAACUGAUAAAAAAAUUUCUUCCUUGAUUUGCAUUAGGAUAUUGUUCAUUGUUUUACUUACUGUGGUUAUUUCUUUAACAAAUAGUGUUUGUAUAGGUCAUAACUGUUUAUGUUGACAAUUUUUCAGGUUAUCGGGAUAGACUGGAAUAAAUGUUAUGGAAAUACAAAAACAAAUAUAUAGAAAAACUACUAUUUUAUACAGAAAAAAAUGUAUAUACACAUACAAAUUAUUAUAAAAACUAUUAUUGUAAAGUCCUUGUAAAGUUUGUAUAGUGUUUUUAAUUUUGACUCAGAUUUUUUAUGUUCUUACUGUACUACCACUUAAAACAAAGUUAUGUAAAAUUGUUUAACCAAAUAUGAUUGUCAUGGGUUUUUUCCCUGAGAACCAUAGUUAUGUUGACUGUGAAAAGUUGUUACUGUAAAAUUGCAGUAUAAUAUGAAACUUAUGACUAAACAAAGAAAUUAUGAAGUUAUUGUUUAUUCUUGUUUAUUUAUAAAUUAAAUCUGAAUACUAAAGUGCAAAUGAUACCAGAAUACCAGUAAGUAAUCUUGCAUGUCAUGUAUAUUAUGUUGUGAGCUGUAGCAUUCAAACACUAACCAAACAAGGGGUAUGUACUACAGAUGUCAA